AUGACAGCCCGUAUCGCUUUCAUCGGGAUCGGCCAAAUGGGCCAGGGUAUCACCACGAACCUUGUCCAGCACGGAAUCUUCUCCCGCCCGCUCACCAUCUACAACCGUACCAAGAGCAAGGCCGAAGACCACGCCGCGCGUAUCGGCAACUGCCGUGUCGUCGACACCGUCGAAGAGGCAGUCGCCUCGUCGGAUAUUAUCUGGUCGUGUCUGCAGGACCAGGGUGCUGUCCAGAGUGUCUUCGAUAACGCUCUGGUGCAUAAUAUCCGAGGCAAACUCUUCGUUGAUAGCUCGACUAUCGGGCCCGAGAGUACAAAUGAAAUCGCGAGACGGGUGAUCGCCGCUGGGGGGGAGUUUGUCGCUAUGCCUGUGAUGGGUGAACCCAAAAUGGCCCACAAGCAAACGCUCACCUGUAUCCCGUGCGGAAAAGCCGAAUCAGUCGAUCGCAUCCGUCCGUUUCUCCAAGGAGUCAUCUGCCGCAACAUCGUCGACCUCAGCGGCGAAGAACCCGGCACAGCCCUCCUCCUCAAACUGAUGGGCAAUGUGAUCAUCCUCGCGACGAUGGAAACCGUCGCCGAAGUAAAUGUCUUCGCCGAAAAGUGCGGCCUCGGCGUCCGCAACAUGAACAAGCUCAUGACAGCACUGUUCCCCAACCCCCCUCAUGCAGCAUACAACGAUCGUAUGUUAAGCGGUGACUACCACCGGACUACCCCCAUGGUCGAAGUGCAAAUGGCACUCGCACUCGCUGAAAAAGUCAAAUGGCUCGCCCACAGCUGCGGCGCAUCGAUCAAGAUCUACGAUAUCGCAUGCGAUCAUCUGGAGACGGUGCUGGAGCACGAGGGGCCAAGAGGCGAUGCGAUCGGCAUUUACGGUGCCGUGCGUAUGGAAAGCGGACUGUCUUAUAAGAAUGACCCUGAGCCAUUGGACUAG